CGACUGACAAAUCAUGCACCCUAUCCCAACUGGGGAUGGAUUCUCUAAUGGUGGCCGAAAUCAAGCAAACCCUGUAUAGAAACUUCCAGCUGGAAUUCAGUGUUGAGGAAAUCAGACAGCUCACUUUGGAGGCGCUAAUAUCGCUGGGGGAAAACAAGAACACCGUUCUCCCUAAAAAAGUGGAACAGGAAACUCCUAAAGCUCAAUCGAUUAUCCUAACAGAGGAAGCUGUGGUGACCUUGAACGAACAUCCAAACUGCGACAAGAUCGUCUUUUUCGUCCACCCAGUGGAAGGGCGAGUGGACGCGAUGAGGACCUUGGCCAAAUGGACGAAGGCGACCGUGUAUGGUUUUCAGUGUACGAGGAAAAGCGAUUACGACACCAUACCCGAUUUAGCACGUCACUUCAUCGAAGUCUUGAAGGAAAAACAGUCGAAAGGUCCGUACAGUAUCUGCGGGUAUUCCUACGGGGUUAUUUUGGCGAUGGAAAUAGCUUUGCAGCUGGAAGAACAAGGGGAAGAAGUAAAUUUGGUAUUCAUAGAUGGAUCGGUCGAAUUCGCCAAAAAUGUUUCGAGGAUGAUAGUGGAAUCGAAGAUAGAUUCUCUGAAGGAGGUUUGCGAAACAUUCGUCGGUAUUCAUCGGGACGAAUUCGCAAACAUCGUAGCAGGUACUUGGGAAGAAGCUCUACGAGAUGUAAGCACCGUGGUGGCUACCAAACUGGGUAUGGACUGGGAUCUGAUCAACUGUUCUAUCGUUCAGUAUUACAACAGAGGCCGAGCCGCCUUUUUCUAUGAACCUAAAGGGAAACUUCGAGGAAGGGUAACAUUGGUCAGGACGCUUUGCGACAAUCCAUAUACGUCGGCUUAUGAUUAUGGAUUGCAAGAG